CCACCAUCACCAUCAUCACCAUCAUUCAGAUCCCACUGCCCCCUCGCCAUGCCAUCUGAGCAGCUUCAAGCAGGCGACGCGUUUCUUUCCUCCCUCGAGAGGGACAUGAGGGACAGCUCCAGCCGUUCUCAGCGAGACAGCCGCGAUCGAGGCGCUCCCAGAGACAGCCAUCGUGACUACGACCGCUCGGAUCGAUCCAGCCGGAGGUCUCACAGGCGGAGAGAUGAAGAGGAUGAUGACGCAAAAUAUCGCUCUUCACGAAGGGAUCCAGAAGAGGACGACAGACGGCAUCGCAGGUCCGAACGCGAUUAUUCACCCUCGAGAAGUAGCAGGAGGCGGCGAGAUGAUGAUGGCUACUACGCUGCUCGACGCGAGGACGACUACAGUCGCUCUUCGCGGCCGCGCAGGGACGCCUAUGACGAUCCUUACGACCCUUAUGGAGCACGAAGAGAUCCGUACGACUCUUACUCGCGUGGUGGCGGUGGAGGCGGCUGGAGGGGCGGAGAGUCAGAACCUACACCAGCCAGGAUGCGUAGCCCUACCCCAGAGGGGACUCAGCCGAUCAGCAAGAGAGUCAGGAGAGACAGCAAGUGGAAUGUCAGGGCUGAAGGAUUUGAGGACGUGUCGGCAGCGCAAGCCAAGGCUACUGGCCUCUUCGGCGUUCCGGGUCAAUCUCGUACUCUAGGUGUACCUGGCGCAGUCAUCGGACGAGACUCUACUGGUCAGGCGGUGAUCCCAGAGGCUCUGCCUCCAAUCCGUUUCGGCGGAGCAGGCGAUGGUGCUGCCGGAGCGAGUGGAGCUGGAACAGGCGCCAAUGACCCAAAUCAGGUGGGCUCAGGCAUGUCCAGCGCCAAUCGCCAAUCACGCCGUCUCUACAUUGGCAACGUCAGCCACUCUACCACGGAAGCAAUGUUCGUUCGCUUCUGGAAUGAUCGCAUGAAGGAAAUGAGGUUCAACAUUGCCGACGGCGAGCCUUGCAUCUCGUCCCAAGUCAACCCUGACAAGGGAUACGCCUUUGUUGAGUUCAGGUGCCCCGAGGAAGCCACGAAUGCUAUGUCGUUCGAUGGAGUCGUCUUUGCUGGCCAGGCUCUCAAGAUCCGCCGGCCAAAGGACUACACUGGCCCUGAUGUCACUCCGAAGCCCCUCCACGUACCCGGAGUCAUCUCCACCAAUGUCCCGGACGGUCCAAACAAGAUUUACGUAGGCAGUCUACCCACCUAUCUCAACGAGGAUCAGAUCAUCGAGCUUCUGAAGGCUUUUGGUGAGGUCCGCGCUUUCAACCUGGUCCGCGAGGCCAACAAUGGUCCCUCCAAAGGCUUUGCAUUCUGCGAGUACGUCGACUCAAGCAUCACCGAUCUUGCCUGUGAAGGCUUGAACGACAUGGAGCUGGGAGACCGCAAGUUGGUUGUGCAAAGAGCCAGUGCUGGACAGAGGACAGCAGGGCAGAGCGGUCUGGGGGCUACGGGUGCGAAUGCGGGUCCUUUGGGAGGUGGUCGCGGCUUUGACCUCGGAUCAGCUGCUCAGGGAGCUGGUGAUCCUACAAGAUGCAUGACGAUGCUCAACAUGGUCACCACCGACGAGCUGGUAGACGAUGUGGAAUACGGAGAGAUCGUCGAGGAUAUCCGAGAAGAGUGCGCAAAGUACGGUCAUGUAGCAGACGUGAGGAUUCCUAGGCCUGUGGCUCAGUCAAAGGGGUCCUCAGCUCAAGCAUGGAGACGAACACAAGAUUCCAGCGCUGGGUCAGAGUCGAAUAAUGCAGAUGGCCAACCUCGGGAGCGAGAAGGUGUAGGUCGAGUCUACGUACGCUUUGUCGAGGUGGACCAGUGCGAGAGUGCACUGAAGGCCAUUGCUGGCAGGCAGUUCGGUGGUAGGCUGGUCAUCUGCGCUUUCUUGAGGGAGGAAGACUGGCCGAGCGAGGAGGACGGAGGAGAGAAUGCCGAGGCGACGGCCCAACAGGCAAGCGGGCCCAAGCCGGCCGAGGAGGCCGCGGGGGCCCAGGGGCCUUCCGAGUAAUGUACCCAAAAGUGGAGCGUACCAGCAAUGUUGCUGCAUCUGCGUGCCAUCUGUAAACAGAUUCAUCUUGUCAAUGCCUUGUUAUUGCUGAUGUCUUGA